AGUUCGGUCUCUUGUUCCGGUUGUCGCUCUCUGAUCACAAGGAUCAGCAUGAAGCUCAACAUUUCUUUCCCAGCCACUGGCUGUCAAAAGCUUAUAGAAGUUGACGAUGAAAAGAAAUUACGACCGUUUUUUGAUAAACGUAUGGCCCAGGAAGUUACCGCUGACAGUCUUGGUGAUGAAUGGAAGGGAUAUGUAGUACGUAUUUCUGGAGGCAAUGACAAGCAAGGAUUCCCAAUGAAACAGGGAGUUCUGACUAAUGGCAGAGUGCGUCUGCUGUUGUCUAAAGGUCACUCUUGUUUCAGACCAAGGAGGACUGGUGAAAGACGCAGGAAGUCAGUCCGUGGAUGUAUUGUGGACAGUAAUCUGAGUGUUUUGGCCUUGGUUGUUGUCAAGAAAGGAGAAAAAGACAUCCCAGGCCUUACAGAUACAACCAUCCCAAGAAGACUUGGUCCAAAGAGAGCAAGUAAAAUCAGAAAACUGUUCAACUUGUCAAAAGAAGAUGAUGUCAGACAGUAUGUUGUCCGCAGACCACUUGCAGUGAAAGAAGGAAAGAAAGCUCAGUCAAAGGCUCCUAAAAUUCAGAGACUGGUAACUCCAAUUGUACUACAACGUAAAAGACACAGAUUUGCCCUCAAAAAGAGGCGUCAUGCUAAGAGACGUGAUGAUGCUGCAGAGUAUGCUAAGCUUUUGGCCCUCAGACUGAAGGAGAAGAAAGAAAGAAAAAGGAGUCGAUCAGGCAGUAGAACAUCUCUGUCACAGUCUCAAUCUAAAGCAUAGACUAUGGGCAUGGCUGAUCCAAAUUAAAAAAAAAUUUAAAAGA